AUUUGAUGAUUCCAAUAGUGGUGUGGUGUGAGUCGUUGUAGUUGUCUUCCAAAAACAACCCCAUGCCGUCACACAUGGAAACUACGUGUGCGGGUGGUGCGUAGGAUAACAACAAACACAGCGCACGAUAGCCUUCACCCAUGCUUGGAGUUCUCUGCGCCACUCGUCCAAAGCCCUGGCUCUUCUCCCUCGUCCAUGCCGCGCCGCCUCGCCUAGCGCACGCUUCCGUCUCCCUCUCCGCCUCGCCGCCUCGCCGCCACCAUUCCAGCGCCUGCAAACUCUUCGGUUCGGCUGGCGGCGCUGGCUCCAUAUGGCACGCUAUAAUGCCCCGCAGCGGUGACGGCUUCCGCCGCGGCGUGGUGGCCGUGCAUGACCUCAAGGGAGAGGGAUCGUGGAAUGUUGCAUGGGACACGCGGCCGGCGCGGUGGCUCCAUCGUCCCGAUUCCGCGUGGCUCCUCUUCGGAGUCUGUGCUUGCCUCGCGCCGCCGGGUUGCGUGGACGCCGUUACCGAUUCCGACGCCGACGCUGUGGACGAGAGUUGCGGAGUUCUCGAUAAGGAACUGAAAGUCGAGGUUUCUGCUGAUUACAGAGUCACUGGGGUACCUGCUGAUGGUCGUUGUCUGUUUAGAGCAAUAGCUCAUGGGGCUUGCUUAAGAAAUGGGGAAAAAGCACCUGAUGAGAAUCGUCAAAGGGAACUGGCUGAUGAAUUGAGAGCUAAGGUAGUAGAUGAGUUGCUGAGAAGGCGGGAGGAAACAGAAUGGUUUAUAGAAGGGGAUUUCGAUACAUAUGUGAAGAGGAUUCAACAGCCUUAUGUGUGGGGUGGAGAACCAGAGCUGUUGAUGGCUUCUCAUGUUUUGAAGACACCAAUAUCUGUUUUCAUGAGAGACACAGGCUCGGUGGAUUUGGUAAACAUAGCAAAAUAUGGUGAAGAGUAUAGGAAUGAUAAAGAGGAGAAUUCCAUAAAUGUGCUAUUUCAUGGAUAUGGUCACUAUGACAUAUUAGAGUCUGCGUGACAGACCAAGCUGCCACCUGCCUUAAAAUAAAGACAUAUCUCGACUUGGUCGUGCAGUACAUUCAGAGUUUUUUGGGUUCGUUUUAGUUUCUUUAAAUUUAGUUACUUUUAGCAGUUUUAGUUCGGCAGCAGAAACUUUAUUAAAUUCAAGCGAACCAUACUGGUAGAAUUUUUGUAGUUCUUUUUUUGGUUUACAUCAGAUAUCAAGAAUUCAAUAUAGAAGAAGACAAUAAUAAAUUGCUGCAGUAAUAAUUUGGGAUUGUGAUUAGCA